GGUGACAUUCUCGCUGGCCGUUAUUCAACUAGGUACAGAAUCAGUUAAAGCUGGUGAGGGAAAGCAAUAAUUUUAAGUUUUAAAAGAAGGCAGGCAGCGGCACGAGAAUGGCUCUGAUGAUAGGGCUACUCUCGGUGGCUGCUUCGCCUCUGCGGUUAGCCGCGAGAGCUUUGGGAAGAUCCAGUUUGGUCACCGCUCGGAAGCUGUCGUCGCCAGUGUACACUGGCUGUAUUCCUAGGGUCUUAGCUGUAAAUCGCCUUAGUCCGCUCUCAUCUCUCGGGAGUGCUUAUUCCUCCACGUUGUUUUAUUCCACGGAGCCACCAAAAGAUGGGAAAGCCAGUGGGCCGGACCGGAGCAGAGGAGGAGGAGGAGGAGGAGGAAGAAAAGGAGGGAAGAAAGACUGGAAGAGUCGAAUCCAGCAGGGGGAUAUCCCAUGGGACGAUAAGGAUUUUCGCUACGUCGCAGUAGCAGCAGGCGGAGUGGCCUCUGUGCUGCUGUAUCUCUACCUGAGGGACCCAGGCAAAGAGAUCACCUGGAAGGACUUUGUACAUCGCUACCUGGGCAUGGGACUGGUUGACCGUUUGGAGGUUGUGAACAAGCAGUUUGUAAGGGUUAUUUUAGUGCCAGGAGCAGACAGAUCAGAAACGAGCUAUGUGUGGUUUAACAUUGGCAGUGUUGAUACCUUUGAGAGGAACCUGGAGGCAGCCCACUAUGAACUGGGACUGGAGCCCUCUCACAGGGCAGCAGUGGUAUACACCUCUGAGAGUGACGGGUCCUUCUUAAUGAGCAUCAUUCCCACCCUGCUGCUGAUUGGCUUUCUGCUCUUCACCCUCCGACGGGGGCCAAUGGGUGGAGGUGUAGGAGGCGGGAGGGGAGGGCCAUUUAGCAUGAGCGAAUCAACGGCGAAGAUGAUGAAGGACAACAUCGACGUUAAGUUUAAGGACGUGGCAGGCUGUGAGGAGGCCAAACUGGAAAUCAUGGAGUUUGUCAACUUCCUAAAGAACCCACAGCAAUAUCAGGAUCUGGGGGCGAAAAUCCCGAAGGGCGCUGUGUUGUCAGGACCUCCAGGCACAGGGAAGACUCUGCUGGCCAAAGCCACGGCCGGAGAGGCCAACGUCCCUUUCAUCACCGUGAAUGGCUCCGAAUUCCUCGAGAUGUUUGUGGGAGUUGGGCCUGCCAGGGUGAGGGACAUGUUCGCUAUGGCGCGAAAAAACGCCCCCUGCAUUCUGUUCAUCGAUGAGAUUGAUGCAGUGGGCAGGAAGAGGGGGGGUGGAAACUUUGGGGGCCAGAGCGAGCAGGAGAACACACUCAACCAGCUAUUGGUGGAGAUGGACGGGUUCAACACCAGCACUAACGUGGUUGUCCUGGCUGGUACCAACAGGCCAGAUAUCCUGGAUCCGGCCCUGAUGAGACCUGGCCGAUUCGACAGGCAGAUUUACAUAGGUCCUCCUGAUAUCAAAGGCCGAGCGUCCAUCUUUAAAGUCCAUCUGCGACCUCUAAAACUGGAUCCCAGCAUGGACCUUGACGCACUGGCCAGGAAAAUGGCUGCGGCCACUCCAGGCUUUACUGGAGCUGACAUUGCAAACGUGUGUAAUGAAGCUGCCCUCAUUGCUGCCAGGCAUCUAAACGAAGCCGUUAACGCUAAGCACUUUGAGCAGGCCAUUGACAGAGUGAUAGGAGGUCUGGAGAAGAAGACCCAGGUUUUGCAGCCCACUGAGAAGAAGACAGUAGCGUACCAUGAGGCGGGUCAUGCUGUAGUGGGUUGGUUCCUGGAACAUGCUGACCCUCUGCUCAAGGUGUCAAUCAUCCCGAGGGGAAAAGGUUUGGGUUAUGCCCAGUACCUGCCCAAAGAGCAGUACCUGUACACGCGGGAGCAGCUGUUUGACAGGAUGUGCAUGAUGCUGGGAGGACGUGUGGCAGAACAGGUUUUUUUCGGCAGGAUCACCACUGGAGCGCAGGACGACCUGAAAAAGGUCACGCAGUCUGCCUACGCACAGAUUGUACAGUUUGGGAUGAGUGAUAAAGUAGGACAGGUUUCCUUUGACCUGCCGCGGCAGGGGGAGAUGGUUCUGGAAAAGCCCUACAGUGAGGCCACAGCGGAGCUGAUUGAUGAUGAGGUCAGAGAGCUGGUUAACCAGGCCUUCCAGAGAACAUUGGACCUCAUCACCGAGAAACGGGAACAGGUUGACAUGGUGGGGAAACGUCUGUUGGAGAAGGAGGUGCUAGACAAAGCCGACAUGCUGGAGCUCCUCGGGCCCCGGCCAUUUGAGGAGAAGUCCACUUACGAGGAGUUUGUGGAGGGGACUGGGAGUUUUGAGGAGGACACCAGCCUCCCUCAGGGCCUGAAGGACUGGAAUCAGGAAAGAAGAGAAGCCCAGGAAGAGGAACACUCCUCACAGGAGAAACAGGCAGCCUAGACUGUCCUUGGACCUAUUCUGCUCCUCUCUCUUCCUCCCUAACCCAGGUGCCCAAUAAGCCAGUGAGACAGCAUCUGGGGUACUCCUGACCAUGGAAGGAAAAUGUUUGAAUUUGGCUUUUAUUGAGUUUGUUUUCUCUGAUAGUGCUACAAUGGGUCUCAAACUUCAAAUGCCUUAAGAUCAUUAAUACUGAUGUAAAACCUGGUAAACCUCAAACCCUCUGUUACCGAUUUACAGAAUAACCACAGACCUCUGCUGCUGUGUUAUUAAUGGUCUUUACAAUUUUAAACAAUGUCCUGGACUGAUGUAGGUACUUUCACUGGUUUCACUUUUUCACCAUCAAAAAACCUGACUUUCCUUCUUUCCUCAAGAAAGGAGAUGUUGUAUUUUUCUUUUUUGUACAGUGUGCUUCCUUUCUCUUUGCAGACCUUUUAGAGGAAGCCUGUGUGUCACAAUGCGAAUUCUUAUUUAAUUCAAUUAAAGCGGUUUGUUC